AUGGCGCCCUCGCAAUACAAGAAACCCCCGCAGCUACCGCCCAAGUUCACCGCUACCAAACAGAGCUUGCUCGACGACACGAAGAGGCUGAUCGAGAGGUCGCGAGGCGUACAGGAUGCUGUUGUGAAGGCUGGAGAUGCAACCUUUGCAAAGGCCAUCCUGCCCAUUGCCCACGAUGACAACAAGAUGGCCAUUGAGUCGCACAUCAUUGGCUUCUACAACGCUGUUUCCACUAGCAAGGAGCUGCGAGAUGCGUCCAGCGAGGCAGAGCAGCUGCUCGACGACUUUGGCAUCGAGUCAUCCAUGCGCGAGGAUGUCUUCCAGCUGGUCGACAAGGUACUGAAGGCAAAGGAGCAGCUGGACCCAGAGUCGCAACGCCUGCUGGAGAAGGACCACAAGUCAUUCAUCAGAAACGGUCUGAACAUUCCUGCGGGCGAGAAGCGCGACAGGUUCAAGGCAAUCAAGCAGCGCCUCAGCACUAUUGGCAUUCAGUUCUCGAAGAACCUGAACGAGGAGAAUGGUGGACUGUGGUUCACACCCGACGAGCUGCAUGGUGUACCGGACGACGUCUUGUCCGGCCUGAAGAAGGGCGAGGGUGAGAAUGAAGGCAAGAUCUGGCUCACCUUCAAGUAUCCCGACCUUUUCCCGACUCUGAAGUACGCCACCAAUGCCGAGACACGAAAGAAAGUCUUUGUUGAGAACGAGAACAAGUGCAACCAGAACGUCGAACUGUUCCGCGAGGCCAUCCUUCUCCGUGACGAGGCCGCUCGCAUUCUCGGAUACAAGAACCACGCCGAGUUCAGGAUAGAGGACAAGAUGGCGAAGACACCCAAGACAGUCGACGACUUCCUCGGCGACUUGCGUACACGCCUUGCACCAGGUGGCAAGAAGGAGAUCGAAGCCCUGAUGGAGUUCAAGAAGAACGAUGUCAAGGAGCAGGGUCUUCAUGGUGAAUUGGCAGAGAAAUAUUACCUCUGGGAUCACAGGUACUACGAUCGCUUGAUGCUGGAGAAGGAUUUCCAGCUUGAUCACCAGGUCAUUGCCGAAUACUUCCCGCUCCAGACCACCAUCCAAGGUAUGCUGAAGAUUUUCGAGGAGCUCUUUGGCCUUGUCUUUGUCGAGAUUAUCGGCGAGGAGAGGACAGCUCUGGCAGAUGGUGGUAAGGCAGAGGACAUCGUUUGGCACCCGGAAGUCCAGGUUUUCAGCGUGUGGGACGACGAGGGCGAAGGUGCUGGCUUCGUUGGUUACCUCUACCUCGAUCUCUUCCCCCGCGACGGCAAGUACGGACACGCUGCCAACUUCAACUUGCAGCCCGGUUACAUAGAUGAGGACGGCAAACGACGCUACCCCGCCACUGCGUUGGUCUGCAAUUUCUCGAAGCCGACACCGAAGAAGCCUUCGCUCCUGAAGCACGAUGAAGUCGUCACUUUGUUCCAUGAGCUCGGUCACGGUAUCCACGAUCUGGUCUCUCGAACAACCUACUCCCGCUUCCACGGCACCAACACAGUUCGCGACUUCGUCGAAGCCCCAUCGCAGAUGCUGGAGAACUGGUGCUGGACGCCAUCUCAGCUGCGCUCCCUGUCGUACCACUACUCUCAUCUCUCACCCGAGUACGAGCAGGCCUACCUCGAGUCGUCUGGUACCGACAAGAAGCCCUCUGACGAGCGCAUCCCCAACUCUCUCAUUAGCAAGCUCAUCAACACCAAGCAUGUCAACGACGCUCUGUUCAACUUGAGACAACUGCACUUCGGUACCUUCGACAUGACCAUACACGAGCCCAGCAGCCAUGAGGAGAUCGAGAAGCUAGACAUCACACAGCUCUACAACAGCCUCCGCCAGGAGAUUUCGCAGCUUGACGGCCCGGAGGCCCUUAGCGGGGAGAAGAAGGGCGAUUGGCACUGGGGCAACGGGCAGGCUACUUUCGGUCACUUGAUCGGCGGGUACGAUGCUGGUUACUACGGCUACCUCUCUUCUCAGGUGUAUUCCACAGACAUGUUCUACUCGGUCUUCAAGGCUGAUCCAAUGAAUGCAAAGGAAGGAAGGAGGUACAGGCACACGGUGCUUGAGCGCGGUGGAUCGAAGGAGGAGAUGGACAUCCUCGAGGAAUUCUUGGGCAGGAAACCGAGCACCGAGGCUUUCUACAAGGAGCUUGGCAUUUCGAAGUAG